GGAUUAUUUCAUAAACCAAAUACAAAUCUCCUUCCUUAUUUCCUGCUACCCGUCCGUCCGUCCCUCCUCCGUCGUCUCCGACGGCGACUGUCACGGCACCUCCGCCACCCACCCUUCAUACCUACAGUACUCCUCCUUCCUCGCUCUACAUAAACAUAUAAUCAUCUGCAGAACCUACUUCUCUACAGUUGGUUGUUUUCAAUGACCAAACCGGACGGCAUCCCCAAAGACACAGGCGCAGACGACAAAGACGCCUCCCCAUGGGGCACCUGGGAGGACCUCCUCCUCGCCUUCGCCGUCAACCGCCACGGCCCCCACGCCUGGGACUCCAUUGCCUCCGAGCUUCACAAACGGAAUCUCUCCCUCACCCCCCAUACUUGUAGCCUCAAGUACCUCGACCUCCAGCGCCGAUUUCUCCACGAUUCCAAACUCCCCCACGCUCACCCUCUUUUUCUCGACCACCUCCGCAAAUUAAGAGUCGCCGAACUCCGCCGUGAACUCCAGCGUUACGACCUUAACAUCGAGUUUAGUCUGUACAGGUCGUUGGAGCUGAAGAUGAGAAGAAUGGAAGAGGAGCGGGAGAGAAGCUUGAGGGGAGAGACAUACGAGGCAGAUCUAAAGGACGGCGAAGGGGAAACGGAUGCCGAUCCGGUUUCCGCCGCGCCGGCGGAAGACGGAGAUCCGAUCGCCGGCGAGGGAAUCGAAAAGGAUCAACUGUCGGUGAACGAAUCGAACUCUACAGAUCCGGAGUCAGAGAAGUUGAGAGCCACCGAGAAAGAAUCGGAACCGGAACGGACGGCCGGAGAAGACGCCGGAGAAGAUAAAACCGGGCGAACGAGCGAGGUGAAGUCCGAACCGGACCGGAAACCGGUUCGAGAAGACUCCUGCAACGGGAGCUCGAAUAGCAUAGAGAAGUCGGACCGCCGUAAAGCCGAAGCCGAGCCGAGCAGAGGGGAGGCCGGCGGGCCGGUUGAGUCGGAGGCGGAGGGCGGAGGCGGAGAGGCCAUGAAAGAGAACUCGGACGUGCAGAGCUCGGCGAGCAGAUCGAGGAAGGAGGUCGAGGAAGGGGAAGAGGGGAGUGAUAAGGUGCGGCGCGGGUGCACCAGUGGCGAUGAUCAAUCUCGAUCUCGAGCCGCAAAAGAUUCGCCGAUUGAAUCACAGCCGUUGAUUGGGUUUCUGCAGGCCAUACGGGCGCACAAAUUCGGCUCUGUUUUUGAGCGGCGCCUUCGCAGCCAGGAAAGCUCCAAAUAUCAGAAGUUGAUUCUGCAGCACAGAGAUCUUGGAAUGAUUGAAGCAAGGCUGAAGGAGGGGUUAUAUUCAGAUUCGGUCAAGUUCUUCCGGGAUCUUUUGUUACUAGUGAAUAAUGCUCUUGUAUUCUUCAGCAAGAAUUCUGCAGAGGCCAGUGCUGCCUCUGAGAUCAGAUGGCUCAUAUCCAAAGAGAUUUCUGAAUCACGUAAACAACAUGCCAAAUCAGAGUCCUCAUCUUGGAAACAUGUUUCGUUGCAAUCUCUAUCAACGGCAUCUAAGAAAGAAGAAGAAUUAGAAGAAGAACGUGAGCCGUCCCGCUCCUUAAUGUUGCAGCCAUUGAUGGUGUCUCGCAAGCGCAGUUCAAUUACAGCAAAAGCAUCAGCAUCAGCAUCAGCAUCAGCUGACAACAAAACAAAAGAGAAAGAAUUGGGCGAGGAGGAGAAGGGUGAGAAGCUGCAAAACUCUCAGAGCACUGCAGAGGAGCCUAAGAUCACCAAGAAGAGAACAAGAGAUAGAAUCUCUUCAGUUUCCGCGAGCGCAAAGAAAAAGGGCAAGAGCAGCCAGUCCAGCAAAAGUAGAGCGACGCAAUCGGGUAAACAGUCCAGCAAAAGUAGAGCGACGCAAUCGGGUAAACAGUCGUCUUCCCAGCAGCAGGAGGAAGAAGAAGAGGAGGCAGAGGCCCAGGCAAAGAAGAAUCAGGCAUCAUCGGACUCGAAGAAACGCGGAGCAGCAAACUUCUUAAACAGAAUGAAGCAAGGGUCUCCCUCCAACAACAACAACAGUGUGUUGUUAGAUGCCCUAAAGAACAUGCCAUUGACAAGCGAAAGCAGCUGUGCUGCUGUCAAAGGAUCAGGAUCGAAACAAGAAGCCGAGAAUGCGAAGAAAGGAGCAAGGAGAAGUAGAGGAGGAGAAACAAAGACAGGCCAGGACCAGGAAAAGGAAAAUGGUAGCCCCGGAAAGAGGAAUGUUGGUAGGCCGCCGAAACGAGCAGCCGGAAAACGGAGCCGGGAGGAGGCCACUCCUGAAACAGAAACCACUCCACCACCACCACAGCCUAAGAAAAGAGCAAGGAAGUUAAAGCUGUGA